GUUUAAAGUUGCAGACGCUUGACUUGAUGUACAGUGAAUAUUACAGCAGUUCAGUUUGCCAUUAAGAUGCACAGUAUGGAAAGGAUAUAUUCUGAGAGUCCUUUAUUCGUUUUUAUUUUGUUAGUUGAUUUUCGAUGCUUGGAGCAAAACAACACAGUUAAGGGAAAAGUACCUCUAAAAUUCUCAGGGCAAAAUGAGAAAAACCGAGUUCCCAGAGCUGCUACGUCAAGAACUGAACGAGUAUGGCCUGGAGGUGUUAUUCCUUACGUUAUAGGAGGCAACUUCACUGGCAGCCAGCGAGCCAUGUUCAAGCAGGCCAUGAGGCACUGGGAAAAGCACACAUGUGUGACUUUCAUUGAAAGAGCCGAUGAGGAGAGCUACAUUGUUUUCACUUACAGGCCUUGCGGAUGCUGCUCCUAUGUAGGUCGGCGGGGAAAUGGACCUCAGGCGAUCUCUAUUGGCAAGAACUGUGAUAAAUUUGGAAUUGUUGUCCAUGAACUGGGCCAUGUGAUAGGCUUUUGGCAUGAACACACACGGCCAGAUCGGGAUAACCAUGUAACUAUCAUAAGAGAAAACAUCCAGCCAGGUCAAGAGUACAAUUUUCUGAAGAUGGAGCCUGGAGAAGUGAACUCACUCGGAGAAAGAUAUGAUUUUGACAGUAUCAUGCACUAUGCCAGGAACACCUUCUCAAGGGGGAUGUUUCUGGACACCAUUCUCCCCUCUCGUGAUGAUAAUGGCAUACGUCCAGCAAUUGGUCAGCGAACGCGUUUGAGCAAAGGAGAUAUUGCACAGGCAAGAAAGCUGUAUAGAUGUCCAGCAUGUGGAGAAACCCUACAAGAAUCCAAUGGCAACCUCUCCUCCCCAGGAUUUCCCAAUGGCUACCCUUCUUACACACACUGCAUCUGGAGAGUUUCUGUGACCCCAGGGGAGAAGAUUGUUUUAAAUUUUACUACAAUGGACCUAUACAAAAGUAGCUUGUGCUGGUAUGACUACAUUGAAGUCAGAGAUGGGUACUGGAGAAAAUCUCCUCUGCUUGGUAGAUUCUGUGGGGACAGAUUGCCUGAAGUUCUUACCUCUACAGACAGCAGAAUGUGGAUUGAGUUUCGCAGCAGCAGUAACUGGGUAGGAAAGGGGUUUGCAGCUGCCUACGAAGCUAUCUGUGGAGGUGAGAUACGUAAAAAUGAAGGACAGAUUCAGUCUCCUAACUACCCCGAUGACUACAGGCCGAUGAAAGAAUGUGUGUGGAAGAUCACAGUGACAGAAGGCUGCUAUGUGGGACUGACCUUCCAGGCCUUUGAGAUUGAAAGGCAUGAUAACUGUGCCUAUGACUACCUAGAAGUUCGAGAUGGAACCAGUGAAAAUAGCCCUUUGAUAGGGCGUUUUUGUGGUUAUGAUAAACCUGAAGAUAUCAGAUCUACCUCCAACACUUUGUGGAUGAAGUUUGUUUCUGACGGAACUGUGAACAAGGCAGGAUUUGCUGCCAACUUUUUUAAAGAGGAAGACGAGUGUGCCAAGCCUGACCGGGGAGGCUGCGAGCAGCGUUGUGUGAACACACUGGGCAGUUACCAGUGCUCGUGUGAGCCUGGUUACGAGCUGGGACCUGAUAAAAGGACCUGCGAAGCGGCUUGUGGCGGACUUCUUACGAAACUAAAUGGCACCAUAACCACUCCAGGCUGGCCCAAAGAGUACCCGCCCAACAAACACUGCGUGUGGCAAGUGGUCGCACCAACACAGUACAGAAUUUCUAUGAAGUUUGAGUUUUUUGAAUUGGAGGGCAAUGAAGUUUGCAAAUAUGAUUAUGUCGAGAUUUGGAGUGGUCUUUCUUCUGAGUCUAAACUGCAUGGCAAAUUUUGUGGUGCUGAAGUGCCCGAAGUGAUCACAUCCCAGAUCAACAACAUGAGAAUUGAAUUCAAAUCUGACAAUACCGUAUCCAAGAAGGGCUUCAAAGCACAUUUCUUCUCAGACAAAGAUGAGUGCUCUAAGGAUAAUGGCGGGUGUCAACAUGAGUGUGUCAACACAAUGGGAAGCUACAUGUGUCAGUGCCGUAAUGGAUUCGUGCUGCAUGAAAAUAAACAUGAUUGCAAGGAAGCUGAGUGCGAACAGAAGAUCCACAGUCCGAGUGGCUUCAUCACUAGUCCCAACUGGCCGGACAAGUACCCAAGCAGGAAGGAGUGCACGUGGGAGAUCAGUGCCACUCCUGGUCAUCGGGUCAAAUUAGCCUUUAGUGAGUUUGAGAUUGAGCAGCAUCAAGAAUGUGCUUAUGAUCACUUGGAAGUAUUUGAUGGAGAAACGGAAAAAUCACCAAUUCUUGGACGAUUAUGUGGCAACAAGAUACCAGAGCCCCUUGUGGCUACUGGAAAUAAAAUGUUUGUUCGGUUUGUUUCUGAUGCAUCUGUUCAAAGAAAAGGCUUUCAAGCCACACAUUCUACAGAGUGUGGUGGCAGACUAAGAGCAGAAUCAAAACCCAGAGAUCUGUACUCACAUGCUCAGUUUGGUGAUAACAACUACCCGGGACAAGCUGACUGUGAAUGGCUGUUAGCGUCAGAACGGGGCUCUCGACUCGAAUUAUCCUUCCAGAUUUUUGAAGUGGAAGAAGAAGCUGACUGUGGCUAUGACUAUGUUGAGCUCUUUGACGGUCUCAAUUCAACGGCGGUGGGGCUUGGUCGAUUCUGUGGAUCAGGGCCACCAGAAGCGAUCUAUUCAAUUGGUGAAACAGUUUUAAUUCAUUUUCACACUGAUGACACCAUCAGCAAGAAAGGAUUUCACAUAAGAUACAAAAGCAUCAGAUAUCCAGAUACCAUGCAUACCAAAAACUAACAUGAAAACCUCCAUCAGAACCUAAAGGGAUGUGCAUAAUGGAGAGAAGAUGUAUUUCUUUUUUAAAAUGAAGAUUUUAGCACAAAUGUUUUAUAUGACAAGUUUGAGCAGAAGGAAACUGCAAGACCAGAAUUAUCUAUGAACUAAAAGAGAAGUUUCCAGUUUCCUGAUCAGCAUUGCCAGGAUAUUUGAACUUUAUUCUUGACAGUAUAAGUAUAAAUAAAGCUGGUGAACAAGCAUCUCAUGCUUCAAAGAAGACUUCGCAGCCUUUGUUCACAGCUCAACAUAGAUGCUUCACAAUUCAGACAGUUCUGUUCAGGGUCUGUGACCCUGAAGAGUGUUCUUUUUGACAAUUUUUUAAUAUAUAGGAGAAAUAAAAUGACCUUGCAGGUCAUAAACUGGAAAACCCUCACCUCGUAUCUUAUGAUCAUUGCUUUGGCUUGGUAUCUUGAAGACAACGUAAACCAGAUCUAUCUAAAGUGCUGUGCAACGGGAGUCAUUUCAGGGUGGCUUGUACUUUAAGUGUGGGUGUGCCCAGUGUUUGGAAACUGGAAUAUUUCAGCUUCAUUAUUUUCACUUGCAGGCUCAACUAACCUCCUUGCAACAUAAAAAAGAUCUUGAGACCAUUUCAUUUUACUGACAUUUUGACAAGUUUGAAAUGUCAGUAGUGUCUAUUAUUGAAGUUAACUGUAGACGUCAUUUACGUAAGAGCUGGAAAAUGCCCGGAUGAUAGGUAAACUCAGUUCUUUUUCCCUGCUGCCUUUUCCCACCAAAUCCAAGAAGCCUUGUGAUGUCUUGUGAACAUGAUGAGAAAACUCCCGACAGGUGUGAACAGGAUUCUUCCAAGUGACUGCCUGGAUGGCUCCUACUCAAGUUCCACUGCUGCUAUGGUCUUUCUUUUGUUGUUGAUCUGUUGUAGUUGUUACUGUUGGUGUUGUCAUGGUUAAUGUUGUAUUUUUUUUUAAAUGAAAUGAAAUGAAGCGAAAGUAACCCUUGUAAGAAUUGAAAGAUCUCUUUCUUUCUCUUCCUAGGAAUCAGUUUUUUAAAAAAUGCAAUGUUGGAAAAAAAAAGGAUUGGUUUCUGAAAGACUUUCUAUGGUGCUAUUCUAUAAACAUUUUUUAAACAAAGUUUUUGACCUUUGAGCCAACCACCUGUAGACUAUGAACGUCUCUCUCUGUCUAGAUGGUAGCACUUGAAGACUCAAGACUUGUUACAUGUAACAAAAGGAUAUCAUUGCAAGGGCAGCCCCUGUCCUAUGGAACAACUACUUAUAAUGCCUUAGAAUUCUGUCACGUGAUCGAGCAGAUCCUCCUAAAAGACACUUUUUGAAAGUUGAACAUAAUAGUUUAUGUUAAUUAGCAUCUCUAUGAGGAAAAUCCAUUUCUGUGACUGAGAGCAUUGUAUAUAAAUAUGGUGAACUGCUUUUACUGUAGAAAAUGAAUUUUCUGCUUUAAAGCCAGGUUUUUUUUUUAAAUAUUAAUGUCUGUAUAUGUGAGAUUGAGUGAGUGAAGCUACAAGAAAGUGAAAAGUAGUGGGUGAUUGAAAUGUUUAAGUUUAUGUGCCAAGUUCUACUAGAAUCUUAUUUGAAUUUGCACCUUUCUUAGGAUGUUUCAUGGACAAAUAAUGGAAACUUCUUAUUAUUAUCAACCCAUUUAAAAAAAGGCUCCUUCCUUUAGAGAAACUCUAUUUUGAUAUUUUUGAUGUUGAUAUAGAUUGCUAUAUGAAGUAGCUUUGGUUCUGUUACCUGUCCAUGAACAUUCAAAAUCUAAUAAAAUUGAGAAUUGGUCUUCAUUUUACAAAAUUAAACUAUACACACAGAUUUAGCUUAUUUGUUUUUUGUCAUUGUUGCCUUGAAAAAGCUCUUCUUGCAUAUGAAUUGUAAUAUGUAAAUACAUUUUUAAAAGCAAUUUUUCGAUCUUAUGGAAUGUUACUUUGGAAAUGUAUAACUGUUGCCUGCAAUAUAAUGAGCUUUUUAGUGGAGCUGAUUUAUUCCAGUAACAACUUCUACGUUUUUUUCACUAAUCUCCAAUUAGCCAAAAUAUUAGGAAUGGGAAAGAGAGGUGAAAAAAGACAUUAACCCUAGCCACUAUACUGUAUCCAGCCCAGUACCAGGCACAUGCAGUAACUCUCUUUAAACUUUAUGCCACCCUUUGAGAACUGUGGUCAUGCUCUCACUUUGUUUAGGAACUGAGGUUCAAAGAAGGUAUAUAAUGUUCGCAGGGUCACAGUGCAAAGUUAGAUGUUAGAACCCAGAUUGUCUGAUAUACAAAUCUGUGGUUGUUCUACAAAAGAUAGUAGACUCAAUCUUGACAUACACCAAUAGUAGAUAUAUUUUUGUGAUGAAACUUCUACAGGUGAAGUCAAGUUUAGAGAUGAAUUGCAGUAAAACUUUCAGGAUAAACAUUGUUCUUUUCAGUAAUAGCAUGACAAGUCAAAUAUCAACUGUGGCUAUCUUUAAGAACCACAGUUAGUACUAGAAAUUAAAAAAAAAUUACUAGAUAGUCUAGAGUUAGUAACUAUGGGCCUUUUGUUAAAAUAAAUACAUUAAAUUAUUUUAUCUGGUGUGGUAGGAGAAGUGUAGUGUUCUACAUUAAUAAAUAUUGUGGAUAUUCUGGUUGACAUCUUUUUAGGCCACAAUGAGCUGCAUUUGAUACAAACAAGAAGUAUUUAAAAGGCGUACAACAGAGGUGUUGUCUUAAAUUAGGACUUCAAUGGGAACAUUAAUUUUUAUUGUACCUUAUGUCAGAUAUCAGCUCACUGUAUAUUAUUUUUAUAGUAAUUCAACUUUGGCUUAAGUGUGUUAUUAAAUUCAAGUACAGUUUCAUUGUUAUUUUGUUCAUAACUGUUAAUUACUGUUCCAGGCAUUUUAUUAGUUUUGUAAAUUUAUUUUUAACCAUUAUGUCAACUCCUACAUUCAUCUUGGUUGUGCUCUCUAUUUGCCAAAGUUCUAACUCCUAUAAAAUCCUCACUGACUACACAGAAAAAAACUGCUCACACUUAAUGAUUUUAUUAAAUUAUUUUUAAAAGUCAAUCUUGACUAUUAAUCUAGUUUAUGGAGGGGAUCAUGGCUUAACAUAACUGCACAAAAGAACAUUUUAAAGAAAUAUAUGUGAAACAGCAAUCCUAUUUCCAAAGUCCCCAAAUGUCCCUUGCCUGGAUUGGCUGGAUUUUUGCUAUCUAUGAUUAACUUUAGUAUAUCACAAUCUCAGAUACAAAUUCUGUCAAUUUUAUUUUUAAAUACCUUGGUAUCUUUUAUUUGGUUUCUAUUACUAUAUUUUUGAUAGCCUCAAAUAAUGAAAUUUUAUUCUCACAUAUAAAAAAAUCUCUAAAAGCAUCUAAUUAUUAUUCUUCACAAGGGUAAAAGAUUUUUAAGAAAUAUUUGUUCCAUAUUUUCAUAGAUUUAGUAAGCUAAAUCUAAAUAGCCAUGUGUGACAUUAAAAAUAACUUUUACUUAAAGCAAUUAUCAAAAUGGUUGGCAAUUUUAUUUAGCAACAAUUAUAUUUUAGUGAGAAUAUUUUAUAUGAAGGAAAACCUUUAGGACCACUAUAAAGCCAGCAUAGAAGGUGGUAAACAAGAAAAACAAUGGCCAUGUAAAAAUCUAUAUAACCUAAAAUGAAGUGAUGCCUUCUGUUUUAUGAGGAA